UGAAUUCUGUCACCACAGCCAUUGAGAUGGAGCUUAUCAGAAGACAGUGAGUGUUAGAUUAUAUGAAGAUGAUGAUGACAGUGAUGUUUGCAGUACUGCUGCUGUGACAUUCCAAAAAGCAAGGGGUCUUCGUGACCCAUCAGGAAUGGGGAGCAUGCGUGCCUUUCUUUUCUAAAUGCUUGAUUUAAUGGGGUAGAUAACCCAUGCGCAUGGAUGCAACUCUGUCUAUGCUCAGUCUGCGCUCAGUCUACGCUGACAUCGCUCCGGCUUGACGAACCCGUUUGCGAAGUUUGUUAGUUCUGUCUUGUGAUCUGACUACUGAGGUAUUCAAAGAGCAGACGAGUGAUGUUAUCAUGAACUCUUACUCAUCAUAGCUGAUGGCUUAUUAAUGACUCGCAUUUGUGUUUAGAGGCAAAGUGCCAUCAUAGAGUGGGGGUUGAGAGAGCAUUCUCUAAGAGGUGAAGGUUGGAAACUUUUCAUCACCUUUUUAACACCUCUUCUCUUGACUGAUUUGAUUUACUUGAAGUAACACAACAUGGCGUACCGAGGAAAGGAAUGCUUUAAACCUUUUAAUGGAAGCAGAGCUGGUGCGGGCAAGACAGUCUCAAAGCUUACUGUUCAGCUGGGCAGAAGCAACGGGAACGUAGCAACAAGUGGACCUCAGGAUACAAGACCAAUAAAUCAGAGAAAGCAAGUAGGGUUUGGCAUAAAUCAAAGCAGCGGACUGGGAGGUGACAUGGACGUCACAGGCAGCAGCAGCAACUCCCAACCAGUAGCUCCCAAGCUGGGCAAUAAUUAUCCAGCAGACAGGGGCUGUUCAUGGGGCGGAGCUGAGGGUGGAAGUGGUAGUCAGAGUCAGGAAGGGGGAUUAAUCACGCCACUCGGGGAUCACGAGAGACGCGUUAAUGAGCAGGGUUCCUGUCAACCUGUCAGUAUAUCAACAGACAACAUGAAUGCCAUGUCAGUAAAUAAUCUUGUGCCUGCAUUAGACCAAGGUCCUGCUGCCCCUUUUCCAGAAUCGUCUGUUAUGUAUCCUGACAUUGAAACCAAUGGGCUCCACCCUCUCGUCUUAAAUGGUAAUUCUGUCUAUGAAGGGGAUUCAGGUUCCAUUAACCGCUCAAAUCUGAGCAAGGUACAGUUCGAGGAACCUCCUAUUAUGAACAUUGAUCCCAGCCCUUUGAGUGCCGAAGAGAAAGCUAGAGCUCUAGCAGUAGGAGCCAUUGAGCAAGCUCUUGCUUCACAGCUUGUUUUGUCUGUGACCAAGGCAGCAGCCAAGAUUGUGAGUGACGAAGACUUGGAAUCAAUCGAUGAUAACAAGAUGGACACUUCUGAACAAAUGAUGGAUGCCAACCAGUGCCAGGAAAAUGGAGGCUUAACAACAAACCAGUUCAUUAAUAAUCCUUCUGAUGUUAAAUUCAUAUCCGACAUGAAGAAUUCUGACGGGAUCACAGCUCUUCAAGGAAAAUCUACUAACUGGCAAGAUACAAAUGCAAAUGAUGUAUCGACCAAAAGUAAGUCGGUUCUUAUUGAGAAUGGCUCUGUAUCCAAUAAUGCGAAUGCAAACAAUAACACACAGUUGCCGCCAGUGCCUCCAAAACCAGCCAAAUCUGCACCUAAACAACUUGAUGAUGUACCAGGACCAGAACCUGAAAAUACUCAGCCACCACCUCCAUUGCCUGAAGGACAUGGUGAGAUGCAAGAGUUUUUUAACUCUCCCCAAAUUCUUUUCCCCGAUGACAUCAUUGACUGCCUACCUGAAGUAGAAGAAAUGAGCAACGGAAUGCACCCAUCCCCUCCUUCUCUGAUGGCAAGUCCUGAACAGCCAGCACUCGAGAGUCAAGAGCAAGUUGAAAGUGAUACACCAUUGUCUGCACCGGUAGCCACAGCAGACGAACAAGAAAUUAAACUUGAUGAAGACACCAGCAAUAAAGAAGACAACACAGAGGGUGAGAUGAUAGACACAAAGGAAAAUAAAACUGACACGACAGAGGUUACUGAAGGAGUCGUCAAUGAUACCCUCCUGCCUACAGCUCCUGUUGAAGAUGCUGACGAAAAAGGAGACAAACCUGAUGGUGAGCUUAUUGAGAAAAGUGAAGAUGGAAGUAUUGCUACAGAUGUUAUGAGUAGUGAGCAUAAUAAUGUUAUUCAUUGUGCUUUUCAUGACUCUCAAGUAGAAAGCGAUGUUAAAGAAGAAUUGCUGAAUAGUUCUGUUAAUGUUCCUUUAAAUGAGGAUGCACAAUCCACUGAAAUUACAGAAAAGCCAGUAGAAAUCUCUGACAGUACAGAAACAAAAUAUGAAGAAAAGGAAGGAAGUGAGAGUGCAGAAGUUCGAGAUGAUGUAAAACAAGAACAGCAGAAUGAUUGCCAAGAUAACAACGUGCGUGAUAUGAGCCUACCGAUACCAUGUCCAACAACAACAGCAUCAUCAUCAUCAUUGGCAGAGAUAGGAAUGACGCAGAUUCCAUUAUCGCCUAUCUUUGAGGAACCAAGGUCACCGGCUGAGACAGAUGAUGGUCUUGAUCUGUCAAACACAAGUUUCUCAUCAUCCUCCCAUCAAAUGCCCAUAGCUGCAUCCCCAUCAUCGCCAGAAAUGAUGGAGGUACCUGAAGUAGCCGGCAGUGCGAGCGAUGAGAUUACGGCAGUCGCUACAGCGAGUAUUGUGUUGGGAGCGGGUUCCAAUGAAAUUACUGAAGGAAAUGGGGCACCCGUCGGGAAGGAGAAUCAUGUUGAAAAUGAAGUUGAAAUCCAGCAGGAGGAUAUUAUAGCAGAAGCUCCUACUCCGAGGCCACUGCAUUCGGCUCCACCAGUUCCCCCCAGCUCUCUGUCGAAUGGACCUUCACAAAAUGACAGGUUGUACAACCAACAGCAGGAUACAAAUAGGAGAAGCGGAGGUCUGGACAACAAUUCAAUGCCAGCCACCAGACCAAGUCCACCAGAACCACCAUCAGGUCCUCCUGCCAUGUCCAGACCACCCCCAGCAGCUCCUCCAGCCCCGCCCCAGCCUCCAGCCGCUCCUCCAGCACCUCCAGCACCACCGGCACCACCGGCUCCACCCGCUGUUCCAGCAGCCCCGCCUGCUCCUGCAGCUCCUCCCGCCCCACCAGCACCACCGGCACCACCAGCAGGUGGAGGCCCACCCCCUCCACCACCACCACCAGCUAUUGGGGGUCCCUCUGCAUCCUCAGGAGGAGGAGGAGGAGGAGGUGGAGGCGGAGGCACAGCAGGAGGAUUGGCAGCAGCAUUAGCUGGAGCUAAAUUAAAAAAAGUUGUCAGGAGUGAAAACACUGAUGGUUCGUCUGGCGGAGGCGGUAGUAACAGACCACCACCUGCAGGUGGUGGCGGAGGAGGGGACUUCAUGAGCUCCUUGCAGCAGAAACUAAAUAAACGGCGUCAAGCCUCGGAGAAUCCAUCAUCAGAGUCGGCUCCCAAGCCAUCAGGUAGGAUAUCACCCCCAGGAGCUCCAAAAGCCACUACCAAACCAUGGGAAAGAAAAAAUGGCGUUGAUAAUACCACUGCUAGUGCCUCCCCUCAACUGAAUCGUCCUCCUCCGGUGUCCAACCGAAAUAGCGUGGAUGGUACAAGGAUCAUGAGACCUCCGUCUGGUGUUGAUCAACAUCAGACCCACACCCCUACAUCUCCAGGAUUUUCAGUAGGUCGACAGCAUGGUGUGCGACCUCCAGCUACCGCCCCCUCGCCUGGGAAUCAGUCCCCCAGGCCUGUUGGACGUAGACCAUCACAGCCUGCUCUCAACGGUAAUGCUAAUGGAGGAGGUGAAAACUCACUGGAUUAUGAGAAACUCAAGCAAGAGAUCUUGACAGAAAUGAGGAAAGAACUACAAAAGACCAAAACAGAAAUCAUUGAUGCCAUCAAAUUGGAGUUGAGUCGAAGGUAAAGCAAGCCAGCUACUGACCACAUCCAGGCCCUUCCUAUUUUAUCGUCCACCCUUGGUCUUUCGCAUGACUCUUGUGGUGACCAUGAGAAGAUGAUGGAUAAAGUCCAAUCCAAAAAGAGAAAACAAGACUCUGGGGAGGGAGAUGCAUGAACCUCUCAGUCCCACACCAUGGGAAUGCGCCGUCAGUUUCAGUUGUGAACUCAACAGUGAUCGUUAAUUGCAGACUCAAGGAAAUUUGCACUUUGCACAGACAGAUAGACAAUCCUGGAGGCGUUUAUGAGGAGUUAAUUUUAUCCACGUUCAAGAUAGAUUCUGGGAAUCUCCUCUGCAGAUUAAUUUCUUACUCACAUUCUGAUGUUUAUCUACACACAUGAACUUUUUCUCGAUAUAUAUCAUGCUCAGAUUUAAGGGUAUUGUGUUUGCACGGCAUUUAUCUGCAUAAUCAUGAAUUGUUAUUAAAGAUACUCAUCUUUGUGUUAUCUAGAGGAUCUUGAUUUGAUUCUGUAAACGGAAAAAUAAUCACAGCAUUAUGAAUUUGUAUUGAAUUUCAGCUAUCAAAUAGAUACAUAUUGUAUAUUAACAUCUAUCUAUCUCCAUCUCUGAGGAAGCUUUAUGAUAUCCUGCAGGAUUUACAUCUAAUUUGUGACUUUAGCUGCAUUAAAAAAAAAGAUAAAUCCAUGCAAAUAACAAUCUUGUGAAAUAUUUUCGGUCACCUUCACAUGACCAUGGAUGUCCUUACAAACAGUGUGUUCUCUCACAAAGUCCUACUGUUGAUAUAUCACCAGCACAUUUUCUUCUCAUUAAGAAAGUAUUUUGUGUGUGCGUAUUAGCGCUUUUUGUAUAUGAAUGUAAUAGUCUUAUUAUUUAUGCAGUGUGAUCCCAGAAGCAUAAAGUUAAGGGUAGAUUAAUUGGUUUUCAUAGUUGAAAGCAUCAAUGUAUCUUUUUACUACUAAAUUCAUGGAUGGAUUUAGAGUAAUUUAGAUAAAUAUUGGUAUCACUUUGGGUCUACAUGAUCCUUUAUCUCUAAGUAGUAAUAUCACUUACGGUAUCUGUAUAUGAAUCAGAAAUAUGUCAUAUCCAAAAUGCAAAUUAUAUUCAAUUAUUGUAAUUCCAAAUACAAACACAUUGAGUAAUGUCUACGUAAAUGUGAAGUCUUCUAAAUAAAUGGAAUUUAUGGAUUUUUAAAGAAAAUGUUUUUACUAUUAUUUGUAUUUCAUAUAUAAAUAUACCGUGUAUUUGGAUAAAUUAUAAGUGUGUUCUCAUUUUACAGUAGACAGAAAAGUCGAGCAAUUAAAUCAAUUUUGCAUUACUUGAUAGUUUUUUGUGUAAUCUUUCAUAUUUUAUUAUGAAAAAGGUGCAUAUUAUGUUGAAUAUAAUUGUUAUUACAUUUGCUUUUGAUUCCAUCGUAGAAGGAAAAGGCUAAUGAGGAUGAUGAUGAUAUGGAAGCCAAAUUUGUUCUGUAAAUGUUACUUUUGAGUCACUCAAACUGCUGGUGGUUUGCAAAGAAAGUCAGAGCGUAAUCUUUGCAUGUAAGAAAUAAAAGAAGGAAGAGAGGUGAAUUCUUUUUUAAAAUUAAGAAAUACAAUUUUAAUGAUAAAUUUGUAUAUGUCUUGUAUUUAUUUAUGCAACACAUGAGACAAGUUUUGUUUCAUUUGGAAUUAGUUGCCUAUAUUACUAUAUUACUCAUUUGUACAUUUACUCAUGCAUUUUAAAAUCUACUACAUUCAGUUGCUUCUAAUCUUUUGAACAUAUUUUCUUGGCAUAUAUCUGAGCAAUACUAAGUAUGUAUAAAUAUGAGCCAUUCAUUAUUCUGAUUUCAUGAUAAUUCUCAUGUGUACAUGUUCAUGUUUUAUGAUUGUGAGUUUUGUAGAGGUAUAUAUAUGCUGGUGAGUAUGUGGUUGCAUUUUGUAAAGCCUUUUUUCAUCCCCCCCUUCUUCUAAACGUAUGGUGUAAUAAGGCACAUAUUAUAUAUAUCUCUCUCAUCAUAACAGCCAAAUUUUAUAUUACUCUCAUGAAUGAAAUUUUUCAUUGAAUAUAUUUCUGAUAAAUUUGUGACUUUCCUUGUCAUUAUUUUCAAGACACUAUGUUAGAAGUCUUAACCAAAACUGAAGACCAUUAGCUAUAUUCAAGGUGAAUACAUUUUUAUAAAUAGUGGAUGUCAUUCUUUUACAUUUUCACAUAGGACAAUUUUGCGCAGUUAUGCAUGGAUUUUCUUUACAUCAUUUUUCUUUAAGGAUUAUGUGAAAGAUUGUUUGAAGCAAGUCUCAGUUUCCAACCAACAAAAGAUGUUAUGUGGGGUUUACUGUGCAGAGAAUAAUGAAACAAAUUGGAUUGAGGGAAAAUAAAAGAGGGACCUACAAAUAUGUAUAAUGUUUGUAUCUCUUGACUGAACCUAUACUUUGUUCUGUUCUGUGACAGUCACCCUUUCUUUUCAAGUGAUAAAUCUUUAUAUUACAAAAAGCAAAUAUAGUAGUGAAAUAAAAUGUGGCGAUACAUAUAUAGCUAGUUGAGUUGUACUGUAGAAUCAUGUCAUAUUGUAACCAACAUGGCGCAGCUUUGUAUCAUAGCUAUAAAAUCGACCCAUUUAUUUAGAAUGAUAUGUAUAUUGAACAUGUUACACUCUGUGUCUUUGUAUGUUUUUAUAGAGAAGUUUGGAGGAAUUAAUAAUUCUGGCGUGCAGAAAUUUGUCUUCCUUGUAUGUCUAUUCUGAACACGAUUUUGGAAGGUUAUUUCUGAGAGAACAUUUUAUAUAUAUUGUAUUUUCACCAAAAAACACACAACUACUAACCAUGGUAAUUACUACUACUUCAACUACUAAUAUUAUAUGAGAGUUCAUUUCAUGUUCACUUGCCGAUCAUAAGUUUUUAUUCCAAUUGUAAAGCUUCAAUUUUGUACAUUUAUGUUUGUAAGUUUGAUGCAAGUACAUUUGUGAGGAAUGAAUGAUCAAAGACAGAAAAUGAGAGGUAAUCAUGCAUGUAUGGUGGCUAAUUUAAAGAUUAAGAGCUUUACUAUACUUUCUUAAAGGAACCCAGACUUUGAAAGGAGGAAGGUUCAAGUUUUUUUAAGUUGCUGAAAGUUACACAUUUUCAAAAUUCCAGAUGAUGAAAUAUUAAAUUGAAUAAAACUUAUUCCCUAUCACACACAAUAAUUUUGUGAUUGUACUUUCAGUUUCCUUGGACUUACAGAAUAAUAGCAGCAGAAGGAAGCAAAAAUAAAAGAUUGUAAUUAAUUUUCUUUUCUUUCUAAGCUAUGAGAUGACAAUGAUUAUCAUUCCACUUUUUUUAUAUUGCAAACUGUGUGUACCUGAGCUUAUGUAGCUCCCACACCCCUUUAAAGCCAGAUGCCUUAACACCUGUGAAAUUUGCUGCAAUUGUUGUCAUGCAAGUAGAAAAGACAGAGGAAUGUGAAUUAGUUUGAAUAUCUACUAGUUGAUGUUUUGAUGACUGUGGGUAGAGAUUGUAUAAAGAAAGUGAGCAAUGACAAAGCUUGGUAUUUAGGGGAGUGGGUUACAAAGAGGAUUGGCUAUUAGAUAUUACUUCUCAUGGAGAAAGAGACGCAGUUGCAUGCCACAUGCCAAGAAUGUACGCCCCCCCCCCCUUUUUUUUGGGGGGGGGGGGGGGCAUUAACAGCUGUUUGAUGGCAUUUCCAACUGGGAAGUUAGGAGCACUCAUUUUGCUUCAUAUAACUGCAAUUCUAUAAAUCUUGGAAACAAAUAAUGUUGUUUAAUAUCGGUAUAAAAGCAAUUCAAAGGGUGAUGUCAUACAGAACAUUUCAAUUUCUAGCCUAAUGACUGUGCACAUAAUUGAUGAAAAAGCAGUUUGCAUAGUGAUAACUGAAGAACCAUUUAAUGAAUUGUCAUAUCAGGAGAUAUUUCGGUAAAAUAUUUGAUACGAGACACAGUGAAUGCAUUGAAUCAAUGGAAGCUCUUCUUCAUAUAACCAACACAGCAUUUUAAUACUUUAAAUUAUGUUUGAUAACCACCCCCUUCCCUCAGUGACCAAUGCUUUGUCAUUGUCAUCGCAGGGUUGUUUUUAGUCUACAAAUCCAAAUGCUAGUCUGUUGUUAGUAUACUUCAUACCAUCCUCAUAGAUGUACUUCUCACUGAAUUGAUUUCAGGAUCAAAAAUAUUCUUGAUUUAUUAUGCAAUGUUCAUUCAUUGAUACCACUUGUAGUGUACCUAGUUAUCCUAGGUUUGACUGUAUUAUGUACAUGCAGUAGUUGACUGCACAUCAGCUGCAAAAAAAUUAACUAUGAUAGAAAUAAAGUCACAUAGCUUAAUUUUUGCUAAGUAA